AUGAAAAGUAUCUUAGAGAGAAUAAGAUUGUUCUUUUUUUACCACCUGAACAAUCUCUAUUUUUUCUGUAAGUUUUAUUUAAACAUUAACCCCAAUGAUAGUAGUGAAGGAAUGUAUAGCUUUUUAUUAGAUAAGAAGGAGAUAUGUAAGGUUGAGACUCAGAAUGUUUUAAUUACUGAUUUGUUUAAGAUGGUAUAUAGUCCAUUAGAUAUAUUGAAAUGUUUGAAAAGAUUUGAAAUUGAAAAAAUUAUGAAAUGGUUUAAUUUUGUUGAUGUUGGUUUGAUUGAAUCACAUAUUAUGUUUAAUAUGUGUAUUGCUCAAAUGAUUAUCUGUUAUUAUUCGAAUAAAGAAAGUACCUAUAAUUAUUUUAUUGAAGAGAAAUUGGUAGUAAAAAAUUAUUUAUUUAUAUUAAAUUAUAUAUUGUCCGUAUUAAAUUUUUUAAACCAACUAAAAAAGACCUGUACUGAUAUAAUAAGAAAUGGUAUUCAAAAGAACAGAAACUAUCAAUAUGUAUAUACAAAUAGACAUGUUAUUAUUGAAAAUAUGAAAAAUUAUAUUAAUAGGUCAAUACCAAAUUUUGUUUUAUUAAAUUCGUUGAUACCACAUUUAAAUUAUAUAUAUAUACAAAACUGUAUUCAGAAUAGUAUUACUUGGAAUACAUAUUUUUCAUAUUCUGUAGUGUCAUUAAAUUAUUCCCAUAUUCUAAAUGAUGAUUUUCUCUUCGAUGCAUACAGAAGAAUAUCCCUACAAUAUCAAAGAAAUCAUCAUUCAAGAUACCAACAUGAUAUAUAUAAUAAUUUUAGAAUAUAUAAUGCAAGUAGAUACUGUAAAACAAUAUAUUCCAAUGAAGUCAGAUACAGUUCUGACAUAAAUGAAAUGGAAUAUUCAUUUGACAACACAAAUACAUAUCCUCUUAGAAGAAUAAUUUGUCGUUCUUUUGGAUGUCCAUAUAAUAAACCAAUUAUUAAUUUCAUCGAAAGACGAAAACAAAUUAUUUCUCAAAGGAUUGCAGAAAUAAAAAGAAACAACAAUCCAUCUAUUCAUAACACUUGUGAAUUAUUUGAUUUUAGAAAAUCAUCACAAGAGUUUGAAUAUAAGGAUUGCUAUUUUGAAGAUAUACCAAUAUCUGAUAAUAAAACGUUUGAUAAUCCAUCUUCUGAUGAUUAUUUUACAGAUUGUCAUGAUAAUAUCUUCAGCACUGACGAUAUAUGGAAAUAUAUCAAACUCACUGCUGAUGAUAAUCUUCAAAAUAAAAAACAUAAACGUUUUAUGUCCAAAAAAAAUAGAAAAAUAUUAAAAAAAAAAAUUUCUUAUUAUUUAUAUAAAUUUUAUAAUAAAUUCCAAAAAAAAACUAAAAAUUUAUUUGUUAUAUUUAAACAGAAAUUUAAAAAUUUUAAUGAAUUAAUUUCUUCAAAAAAAGAAACAAAAUAUAUGUGUCUUAAAAAAAUCCAAAAAUACCAAAAAAAACAAAUAAAACAAAAAAAACAAAAAAAUAUUAAAAAUAAAAAUAACCAAAAAAAUAAAAAUAUACCUAAAUUAUAUCUUAAUAUUUAUCAUAAAAAAAAAUGUAUAAAACCAAAAAUACAAAAAAAAAAAAUUAAUAUAAAUAAAAAAAAACUUCAAAGAAACCGAAAGGCACAUCGACAUGAAAUUGUUGAUGUUAAUCCAGAAUUUGCUCCAUUACUUCCAUUAUGUUCCGAAACUUAUGACAUAAUAUUUAAAUAUUUAUGUGUUCAUUCGGAGCAUUAUAAUUAUCCUAGAGGUCUAUGCAUCAUCAAAAAUCCAGAUUCUGUUCAAGACAACAACAUGUAUUAUCACAUGUUGAUGGAUAUAAAUGAUGAAUUUGUUAAAGAACAAGAGAAGGAGCAAGAAGAAGAAGACAAAAUUGGCGGUGUGAAGAAUGACGUAGAUGAAAAGGAUGAAAAGGAAGAGGAUGAAGAUGAAGAUAAAGAUGAAGAUGAAGAUGAUGACGUAAAAGAUGAGGAUGAGGAUGACGAUGAUGACGAAAAAGAUGAGGAUAAUGAUAAAAAUGGAGAUAAUAACAAAACAGAUAAGAAUGAUAAAAAGGACAGAAAUAAUGGAAAUAAUGACAGCCGUAAUUCUUAUAAUGAUAACAAGAGAAAAAAUAAAACAUAUGAAAGAAAUAAUACCUCUUAUUCUGAAGAUAAACCUGGAAAUGUAUAUGAUACAUAUUAUUCUUCUUAUAAUACAAACAAAGGGCCUAAAUUGGCAUAUAUGCUUUAUAUGAUUGCUAUGUAUGUUCUAUUUCAAAUGAAUAUAAUUUGCACCAUUUAUAAGAAAAAAUUAAUGGAUGUGUAUGAGAAAUAUAUUAUUAAAACACAAUUAAAUAAUUAUACCAAACAUAAUCACUAUUAUUAUUUCCCAUACAAUUAUAACUAUAGAUUUUAUUCUUCCUUAUAUAAAUUCUCUAGAAAAUAUUAUGCAUUAUAUGAACAAAUGUUUCCAAUUUUUCGCACAUUACCAUAUGAAUGUAAAUAUUAUUAUGAACAGAUUAAUAAUAAAAGAAAAGAUAUAUUAAGCUUACAAAAUAAUAAAUAUCAAUUCAAAUUCUAUUUUGAAUAUAUGGUAACUUCUAGUAACGAAUGUAGUGGUAUCAUAGGUAGAUAUGUAUAUCUUCAAUACGUUUUGUUUUAUAAGAACAAGAUAAUUGUGAAUACUAUAUUUAUUGUUCAACAUGUAGAAUAUAUGUAUAACAACUUAAAGAAUAUAUUUAAAUUUAAUAUUUACAUAGAUGAUAAAAUAUACGAUAUGAAAAAUGAAACAAAUAAAUGUGGAUUUUAUAUUUAUUUAUUUCACUAUGAUCUUUUAUUCUUAGGUAGUGAAAUCAUAUACUCAAUCUAUUCAGCCCUAUAUGAAUAUUAUACAAAAUGUAUAUAUGAUAAUUCGGGUUUUGAUGAUAAUGAAAAUAAACCUCUUAAUGAUAAAAAGAAUAAUAAUGAUAAUAAUGAUGGUAAUGAUAAUAAUGAUGGUAAUGAUAAUAAUGAUAAUAAUUAUAAUAAUAAUUGUAAUGAUAAUAAUGAUGAUAGUGAUAAAGAUAAGAAGACUUAUAGUAACAAGAAUAAUAAUACUAAUGACUUAAAGAACGAUAUAUUCCGUAUAUUUCUUGAAUAUUUUGAAGAGGAACCAGAAGAAGAUGUCGAACUCUUUUUUUCUGUUAUGGGUAAUAUGAAUAAAUUAGAGAAAAAAGCUAAAAAGGAAAAUAAAGAACUCGAUAUUCUUGAAGAAUAUUUUAAUGCUUUACACAACAAGAAUUUUAAAACAGGUGAUGUAAAUAAUGUGAAGCACAAGACAUCUUCUGAUGAAUAUGAUAAAGAAAUUAUGCUAUCAUAUAAAUCUUUUAUAAUAUAUUUAUUAUUAUCCAAGGAAUUCAACACAUCUCAUAACAAAGAUAAUUCUUCUAUUAUAAAACCAAGUAGAGCACAAAAUAAUAAGAAUGACAAAAUAUAUGAUGAAUUGUAUUUUGAAUAUAAGCUAGGAUGUAAUAAUGUUUAUCCUAAUCAAAAAAGAGUAUUGGGUAAUUUACAUCGUAUGUAUCGCAAGGUUUUGAGGGGUGGUUAUUCUUUAAGUUCUUCUUAUAAUGAUAUUGACGAAGGUAACUCGGAAAUGUCUUCAAUAUCUAUGCAAUAUCAAAGAGAUACAACACAAUAUACUAGGGCAUCUAAUGAAGAAAAUAAUAAUGAAGUGAGUAAUUCUCAAAUCCAUCUACCACAGAAUAAUACAAAUAAUAGAAAUUAUGAACGUUAUAGAAAUAAUAGAAAUUAUGGAUAUAAUAGAAAUUAUGGAUAUAAUAGAAAUUAUGGAUAUAAUAGAAAUUAUGGAUAUAAUAGAAAUAACGGAUAUAAUAGAAAUAAUGGAUAUAAUAGAAAUAAUGUAUAUAAUAGAAAUAAUGUAUAUAAUAGAAAUAAUGGAAAUAAUGUAUAUAAUAGAAAUAAUGUAUAUAAUAGAAAUAAUGGAAAUAAUGUAUAUAAUAGAAAUAAUGUAUAUAAUAGAAAUAAUGUAUAUAAUAGAAAUAAUGGAAAUAAUGUAUAUAAUAGAAAUAAUGGAAAUAAUGUAUAUAAUAGAAACAAUAGAAACCAUAGAAAUAAUAGAAACAAUAGAAACAAUAGAUACAAUAGAUACAAUAGAAAUAAUAGAAACAACAGAAGUAAUAGCAACAUCAGAAAUAAUAGAAAUAAUAGAAAUAAUGAACAUAGAUUAGUACAGAAUAUAAGAAAUAAUCAGAGUAUUAUUAUAAAAAGGAUUCUUAGAGUAAUAAAUGUUUGGGAAAAUAAUGAAAGGACGUAUAUUGAUUUUGUACGUUUUGAUAUACGAUAUACGAGACAUCAUAUGUACGUAAAUGACUCAAGUCAAAGAAAUUCUACAAAUGAGAAUUCAAAUGUAAAUACCAUCUUUUCUGUUCUAUAUACUAAUGAAAAUAGAUAUACCAACGAAGAUGGUAGAAGGGGAUAUAACUACCGACAAAAUAGAAUUCUAAACCUAUCAAGAAGAACUGAAAUAAAUAAUGAAAAUAAUAACUCUAUAAACAGAAACGAUCAGGAAUAUAAUGAAAUAAAUCAAUCUGAUGAUCAUGAAGAAAGGAAUAACACCUACCGUUACAUAUUUGAUCUUACAGAUGAAAGAACAGAAGCAUAUACUCACCGUAGUGAUGAAACAAAUACUUAUAGUUACCAGUCAUCAAAUUGUCCAGUUCUCUAUAUAUAUCAUAAUGAUAAUAAUUUCCGCUGGGAAAAUGUUAGAUAUACUUCAGAGGCAGCAACAAGGCAAUCUACUUUGACUUUAGAAAAUAAUCAUUAUUUUAAUAAUAUUAGAGGUAUACAAAUAAAUAAUUCUAACUUAGGCAAUACGAAUUCAUCAAACGAAUCUUAUUUUACUAAUAUUAGAGUUAUACAAGCAAAUAAUGUUAACUUAGGCAAUACGAAUUCAGAAAACGAAUCUCAUUUUAUUAAUAUUAGAGAUAUACCAUCAAAUAAUGUUAACUUAGAAAAUAUAAUUUCAGCAAACGAAUCUCAUUUUAUUAAUAUUAGAGAUAUACAAUCAAAUAGUGUUAUCUUAGGAAAUAUAAAUUCAGAAAACGAAUCUCAUUUUAUUAAUAUUAGAGAUAUACAAUCAAAUAAUGUUAACUUAGGAAAUAUAAAUUCUGAAAACGAAUCUUAUUUUGAAUUAUUUAGAAGGGGUUAUGAGGCAAUAUAUGGACGUCAUGAGAAUGCAUUAUAUUUACAUCAUGAUAAUCAAGAUAUAAUAUUGUUGUUACCAAAUAUACAAAAUUUCGAAAUUCCUUUUGAAUUACUUCGCGAACAAAGUUCACAAAAUGAAACACAAAUAGAUAAUAGGGAAGAUGAAGGGUUGAGUCAUGAUAGUAUUCCUGAUGUUCCAAGAAAUGCUAAUAUUGAAACUAAUGAAAAUAUUAAAAGAGAGGUAGAACAGGAUGUAGAACAAGGAGAACAACAAGGAGUAGGUCAAAGAGUAGAUCAAAGUGUACAACAAAACGUUGAACAAAUAGAACAACAAAAUGUUGAACAAAUAGAACAACAAAAUGUUGAACAAAUUGAACAACAAAAUGUUGAACAAAUAGAACAACAAAACGUUGAACGUUAUAAUUCAGAAUAUAUUACACAACACAACCUAUCAGAUAGUAUACAUCACAAUACACAAAUUAUUAGAGAUCGUGAUACACAUUCUAGUAUAGAAAAUAAUUUACAAUUUAACUUUUUACCUAAUAGACCCUAUAAUAUAGAUAAUGAACAUGAUUAUAGUUUGCGUAUAUUUAGGGAACUAUAUGAUCAAAAUGUACUGAGUAUACCAUAUCUAGAUAUUUCACAAAUUGAAUCAAAUCUACCAUAUUUAGAGAUUUCACCAAAUGAACAGAUUUCACAAGAUGUAGAGAUUACACACAAUGAAUUGAUUAUGCAACAUAAUGAAGAUUUUCUUUAUUCACUUAUUAGUGAAGGAUAUAAUCUUGAAGAACCUAAUACUGAAGAAUAUUAUAACGAAUGGAAUGAUGCAGAUAAUUAUACUGUAGAAUACAAUGGAGAAGAGUAUCAACUAGGGCUUGUUCGAGAGUUUGAUACUACUAUUUAUUCAUCAGAUAAUUCUUUUAGAUCAAUUUCUGAAGAUUCAUAUUUUUAUCAAAAUCAUGACUAUGACAGUACUAGAAGGUAUUUAGAUACGUCACAGAUUGAAUUACUUGAAGACUUGUUAUUAUUAUUAGAAGAAUUAUAUCAAAGAAGAGUAAAUCAUGAACUCAUAAGAUAUAUUACUAGAGAAUAUCUUGAUUAUUAUACUAAUCGUUCUAAUUACUUUAACCGAAAUAUUCAAAAUAAUGCAAGCAAUAAUGACAUAAAUAAUGUUGGUUUGAGAAAUAUAUUUAGUGAUCAAACUGCUAUGGAACAGACUGUUAGAAGGGAUCGUUUCAAUUAUGUUCCUGUAGAGGAUUUACACAGGCCAAAUAUCAACACACUCGUUCAACGAUAUUAUAGAAUAGCUCUUGAUCCCAGUCAUAACUUAAAUAAUAAUAGGGAGAAUUACAACAGGGAAAGUAAUCAAGAUCAGAAUAAUGGAAGACAGAAUAAUAAUGGAAGACAGAAUAAUAAUAGAGGACACAAUAAUAAUCGAAGAUAG